AUGGCUACCCCCAGUGUCCUUACUUUUGAUGCGGAGGGCCGUGCCGUUGACUUUGAGGUCUGGGUCGAUGACCUCCAGCUAUUUCUCCAGUGCGAUAGGGCAGACGGACCCUCUCUGUUCGAUCUCACCUCUGGUGUCUCUCCUGCCCCGACUGCCACUGCUGACAGCACUGUUCGCUCACAGUGGGCCACACGCGAUGCUGCUGCUCGCCUUGCUGUGCGUCGCCACUUACCGACCACUGAGCGUGCACACUUUAGCCAGUACAAGAGUGCUCAGACCUUGUACGACGCUGUAGUUGCACGCUACUCUUCCCCUGCCACUGCUGCACUGAGCCGCCUCAUGCUACCGUACCUCUUCCCUGACCUUGCUGCCUUUCCCACAGUCGCUGACCUCAUUACGCACCUCCGCACUAGUGACACUCGCUACCGCGCUGCGCUUCCUGCUGAGGACCACUUCCUCACAGUUUGCCCCACCACUCUCACCGUUGACCUCCUCGAGAAGGGCCUCCUAGCAGCAGAGAAGAGCAUAGUCGCUGUAGGAGCCUCUCGUGGUGACCCUCGCACCCCCGUCUUUGAAGGGUGUUCCCCCUCCCCCCUCUUGCCCUCUGUUGCUCAUGCUGCUGCGGCCGACCUCGUUGGUUUCAAGUCGGUCGGCGCUGCGUCUGCCCCUAGCGGGAGACGCCGUACCGGCAAGGGCAAGGGGGGCAAGGGCGUUGGAGGGGCUGGCGGGGGCGGUGGAGGUGGUGGUAGAGGCAGUGGAGGGGGUGGGGGUGGUGCUGGGAGUGGUGGCGGGGGUGGCGGCGGCAGCGGAAGCAGUGGAGGCGGAGGAGGCGGCGGUGGUGGCGGAGGGAGCGGAGGCGGCGGAGGUGGGGGAGGAGGCGGAGGUGGAGGAGGCGGCGGAGGCGGCGGCGGCAGCAGUGGACCUGGUCGCGGCUCUGCGUAG